AUGGCCCUAUAUAAAGGCUAUAACUCCGAUACUAAUGCGUCAAUACGCUAUCGGAACAUGAGCGCUGUGCUUCGCCGUUUCCGCCAAUGGCUUUUUCACCCAGCUUCUGGUGCAGAGUACAAGGUGCUGAUGGUUGGCCUUGACUUGAGCGGCAAGACAGAGCUGCUGAAGAGGAUGGCGACAGGAGAGAUUAUGGUCACGAUUCCGACGAUUGGAUUCGCUGUGGAAGCGGCCGAAGUACCUGUCAAGACGGCCAGGGCUGAGACCGUGGACAUAAUGUGCUGGGACACAGUAGGGUGCUCCAAGCUCCGGUAUUUCCCGGCGUUCUUCGAGCCAUUCCUAUCGGGAACGGAUGGCCUCGUCUGGGUUUUUAAUGGCACAGACUUGGAGAGAAUGUCAGAGAGCAGCGAUGAGCUCACCCGCACAGUCCCGCACUCUGUCUCUUCUGCAAGAAGACCGUGCCAACAAGGACCGGCGCGCCGCAAAGGAUUUCCCAAUUCUUGUGUAUUCGCGACGUUGAUUCCGCUGCAGAAUUGUGACGCGGACAGAGCUGUCCUCGGCUCCGGAUCUUUCACAACUGGGAGACGAGUUUCGCAAAGGAAACCGAGUCCACCAGACCCUCCAAGUUAUUACAAAACUUGCCCGAUCGACACGAACCAGCGCUGCCUGCUGGAGAACACUCUGGAAAUUUGGCUGGAGCGAGCGGAAGCAGAUGCCCAUACGCCAUCUGAAACGUUUCUGAAGCAAUUCGCUGACAUCAAGCUGCCGUCCUGGGACCACUAUACGCACAUCCGCCUGGCAUAUCCGAUACUAUCGAUCCAUGGACGACAGAAGGGAAAGAACAUCAUCUUCGACGGCAUCGAGAACUACGUUUCGAAAAGCCCGCAAGCGAAGACUCGCGCAUUCCACUUGACGAUGACCUACUUUUGGAUACAAAUGGUCCAUUGGGCGAUCGAGCGUGUUCGAAUCCAGACCACAAAAGAUCAUAAGAAGACAAAUUCCAGCCCCAUCUCAUCCGCCGAAACACUCGUAGCCGGAGCUCCUGGACCAUCCCCUGCCACUCAUACCUUGGACCCAACCGCAACCUUUGCCAUGUUUCUUGCCGCGAACCCGUUUCUUGCGGAUGGCCGUUUAUGGGCGGAGUAUUACUCGACAGAGGUGUUAAUGAGCGCAGGAGCGAUGGUCUUGCCCGACAAGAAACGGUUACCGAACAUCAUGACGAACGAUCAAGUGCUUUCAUUUGGGAUAUCCUAG